CAUCUUAAAAUAAAUCAUCACUGUCAGACGGAUUAUCGAGAAAAGUCAAAAUUGACGUUGCGCUUUGUCGGUGUUAGGGUAUUGCCAGGUGGUUUGAACAGGUUGGGAUGGUAAUCACAGGAAAUAGGGGGAAAUGAAAUAGUUAAUUUGGAAAGUAGUUUGAAUUUUUAUGCACGUGCAUCUUAAAAUGUCAUUCAUUGACAUUUGAGAAAUUUGUAAACAAUAAGGAGCAGUGCAAUGGAUCCUAAUGUUUUUCGGUUCCCGGCUCCCUAUUCCGGGAUGAAUUUUCCAAAAGAGAGGGCGCCGCCAUAUAUGACAUCAGAAGGCUUGCUGAUGCCGGCACACAUGCAACCACCUCCAAUGUAUGGGCCCCGUGGAUCUACGAUUCCGCCAAAGUUUUUACCGAAGCAUGGAAGGAAGAAUUUUCAUCAGCAGAAAAGAGAAUUCUAUUGUGAAACAUGCGACUACGACUUCAAAUCCCAGAUAGAUCUCGAGAGGCACAUUAGCGAGCAUCAGCAAUGCGGUGUCGAUGGCUGCAGUUUCAUAGGACAUCCCCGCAUUUUGCCGAAGCACAUCGAGCAACAACAUAAGAGCGGAUUGUACGAUAAGCUGAAAAACGUCACCACCCCAGAAGAAAUUGAAAAAUGGAAGGAGGAGCGACGAAAAAGGUAUCCAACCCAGGCCAAUGUCGCACUACGCCAACAAGCCCAGGAGGAAAGGCUUAAACGCGGCGAACGUCUCGAAGGGAACAAAUCACGGUUUGGUCGUCGCGAUGACAGAGAGAAGUGCCGUACCCAUGAAAAACCCAACAACGAAAAAAACAAGAAACGACGAAGAGUGCGGAAAAGAAGGCAUGAAGAGAAAAGCGAAGUUCGAAGUGGCGUGCAAGAUCAAGUUCCUGAAAAAGAUGACAGCGAAGAUGAUUGUGUAAUAAAAAAGUUCAAAGGAACUUCUACGCUGCCGGAGUACUCCAGGCCUGAAGUAAAGAAGAAAAAACCAAAGAAUGCGCUCUCUUGCCUCGCCGGGCUCUAUGGCUCAGAUAGCGAUGCUAGCAGCACCGUGGAAACCGAGGAUGAAGUGGAGUCAGAGAGUAAAAACGUGGCAAAUGUCAACACACCAACAGCUGAAUCCCCCACGAAUCAAUGUAAUAUUUCAAGUGAUGAGGACGAUCACAUUGAAAACCCAACGGAGUUGCUUGAUAUUCUCUCAUGCAAGCAAAAUGUUUCAUUUCCUGCCAAUGACAAAGAACAGAAAGAUGUUUCCCCUGAAGAGAUGGUGAAUGAUAACCUCAGUAAAGUCGAGAACCACUUGCACUCUACAAAUCCGGACUCUGGAAUUGACGAGGCUAAUUCACCAAAAAGCAAGGAACACAUUCAACUAAAGGAUUCCGUACAAGAUCCUGAGCCCGAACAGUCUGACAGCGAUGAUCAGCAAGAAGAAGUUCCUUUUGAAAAAACCGUCGAAACAUUCGAUGAAAAUGAGGUCGAACCCAACAAUGAGGAUGCAAAAGAAGAGACGACUGACAAAAAAUCAAGGAAACGCACGCGUCGUAGAAAAGCGCAGAAUGGCGACGAGCAGCCAGGGAACAGUACAACUAAGAAGCAAAAAAGGCAAUCAGGCUUAGAUUAUUCCAAGCUGCGAUAUCGACGCCAGAAUACUAUGCUCGAGAAGCUGCUUCAGCCGGACAUCAUCCAUGAGCGGAAUGUGUUGUUGCAAUGCGUCCGCUAUGUUGUACAGAACAAUUUCUUUGGAAUAGGUCAGCCGAAGUAGUGCUAUUGCGUAUAUUAGGUUGUUUUAUUUUUAAUAUCGUUGAUGAAUAUAUUAAGAUUAUGUUGGA